CCAAUCUAAUUUUCCAAGAAUUUCGCUUUUGCUUUUGUGUUUCUCUGACAGCCAUGGCCACUCUCGUAAAGCUACGAUUGGCCCCAGAAAGCUUUAACCACCUCUGCUUCAGUGACCACCACCGUAGGACGUCCUCGCUCAGGCCGGGUUCUUGCCGUGAUGGGCUUUCUUUGAAACCGUGCAAGGCCUUUAGGACUGAGGAUGGAGGGGAUUUGAAGGAGAAAAGGCACCGGAAUUUGAAGAAACAUGAGGUGAAAUUGAAAAGGGAAAAUGGGUUUUGGAGUUCUGUAAAUUCUAUGAUGUUAAGUACUUUCAAGUUGGGCUCAAAAUCAGAGGACGAAUAUCGUUUAGCUGUGGCCAAGGUGGAGGAGGUGCUGUCCUCGAUUGCUGUUCAAAUUGGAAGAUAUAUUGUGACUAUGAUGAGCACUGGGGUCAUUCUUGCCAUUGGAUUUCAGAUGUCAGGUGGAGACAGUCAGUUAGAUGCUCUGAUAUGGUAUAGCUGGCUUGGAGGAGUUAUCAUUGGGACAAUGAUAGGUGCUAAUAUGGUAUUGGAAGAACAUUGUCGUGCUGGUCCACGUAAUGUUGUCAUAACUGGGAGUACAAGAGGACUGGGUAAGGCUCUGGCUCGAGAAUUCCUUCUCUCAGGAGAUCGUGUGGUCAUUACCUCUCGCAGUCCUGAGUCUGUGCAAGCAACCAUCAAAGAGCUCGAGGAAAACCUGAAAGAGGGAAUUUCAAAUGCAGUUGGCUCAUCUCUAACAAAGCUUUCUCAUGCGAAAGUGAUAGGCAUAGCUUGUGAUGUUUGUGAACCUGGUGAUGUGCAGAGAUUGGGCAAUUUCACAGUCAAUGAGCUUGGCCAUAUUGACAUUUGGAUAAACAAUGCUGGCACAAAUAAAGGAUUCAGACCACUGCUUCAAUUCAGUGAUGAAGAUAUCAGACAGAUUGUCUCAACAAAUCUGGUUGGAUCAAUAAUUUGCACUCGAGAAGCUAUGCGUGUAAUGAGGGACCAGGAAAAGGGAGGCCACAUAUUUAACAUGGAUGGUGCAGGUUCUGGAGGUUCCAGCACACCCCUGACGGCUGUAUAUGGUUCUACAAAGUGUGGCCUCCGGCAGCUUCAAGGAUCACUGUUGAAGGAAUGCAAGCGAUCCAAAGUAGGAGUCCACACAGCAUCUCCAGGCAUGGUUCUUACAGAUCUUCUUCUAAGUGGCUCAACCGUACAAAAUAAACAAAUGUUCAACAUUAUCUGUGAGCUCCCCGAAACUGUUGCUCGAAGUUUAGUUACACGAAUGCGAGUGGUCAAGGGAACAGGAAAAGCCAUAAAUUACUUGACCCCUCCCAGAAUAUUGCUUGCUUUGGUCACUGCAUGGUUACGAAGAGGUCGCUGGUUUGAUGAUCAGGGUAGAGCAUUGUAUGCAGCUGAGGCAGAUCGGCUUCGUAACUGGGCUGAAAACAGAGCCCGGUUUUCCUUCACUGAUGCAAUGGAAAUGUACACAGAGAAUACCUGGAUAUCAGUCUUCUCACUUUCAGUUGUUUGUGCCUUCAUAAUACUUUCUAGCACAGGCAGUAACAUGCCUGGCACUUGACGUCUUGGGUGAAUUCUAAAAGGCUUGUUUGCUGUUAGUGAAGAGGCAAAUUGAUGCCAAGAAUCAUGAAGAAGAUAACAACAUAGAUGCACACCAAAUAGCAGGUGGAUAUUUUUUCCCCCACCAUAUCAACGUUCUUAAGCCCUGACCUUUGGCUUCCCAAGCACCAGUCUCAACUGUGAAAUCUUAAGUUGUGUAUAGACUGCACAUUAAAUUAAGCUUUCUCCAGUCAUAUAGGAUGUAUUUCAUUCAUUAUAUUGUAAUGGAUUCUCAUGUUCUCAAUCCAAUUCAUGUAUUGAUUUAUAAAUGAAGCAUAAUUUUGUAGUCUAAAGUUUAUCCGGAUUCCAAUCAA